UUGGUGCCAUAAUAGACCUGAAUUUACCUGCACGCGCUGCGCGUUUUAAAGAGCGAAAACAUCAUUUUUCGCGAAUUUCCAGAAAACUGAUCGUGCUGUGAAGUUAUUUAUGUGACAAUAUGGUGCACCUCACGCUGCAUAUUACAGACAGGGAGAGUCAAUCCUCUUCACAGCGGCGUCUUUUCUCUGCUUUUCGAGGCAGAUUGCGGCAGGCUGCCCGCUCUCUGCAAGCAGCUGUGCGGUUUAGAAGCUUUUCCAAAAGGGAAUCAGGUCCAGUGGAUUGGUUUGUGGAUCGGAGUCAUCAGAAGGCGAACACUGAUAACGAAGACAAAUGUCACGAACCAGCGAAUUGCUGGGGCUACAAGAUCAUAGUAGAUCCAUCAUCAACUUAUCACUACAAUUGGCUGAUGCUGGUGUCCUUAGCCGUCCUCUACAAUGUUGUAUUCGUGUUGGGCAGAGCCGUGUUCUGGGAGCUGAAUAACUCGGUUCCAGUUCUCUGGUGGACCCUUGAUUACGCCUGUGAUGUUAUAUAUAUUUUAGAUAUUCUAGUACGUGCUCAUGAAGGUUAUUUGGAACAAGGCCUACUAGUAACUGAUCCGCACAAACUCCGAGCUCAUUAUCUCCAAACAAAACAUUGGCGCACCGAUCUUUUGGCCCUCAUACCGACUGAUCUGGCCUACCUCAGAUGGCAUCCCUUCGAGUGCUACGUUCAAGUGCCAUGUCCUGUUAUAGUGCGAGUGAAUAGACUGUUCAAAUUACCGAGAAUGUGGGAAUGGUUCGAGAGGACAGAAACCGAUACGAACUACCCUAACGUAUUCAGGAUCUGUAAAGUGGUGCUCGCUAUUCUAGUGUUGAUACAUUGGAACGCGUGCCUGUAUUUCGCCAUAAGCUACGCUAUCGGUUUUGGGACAGACAAUUGGGUUUAUAAUUUGGAUGGGCCGAAGAAUUCUACACUAGCACGUCAAUAUAUUUAUAGUUUCUAUUGGUCGACCUUGACUCUGACUACCAUAGGUGAAACCCCAGUGCCUGAGAAUGAAGCUGAGUAUCUUUUUGUAGUGGCUGACUUUUUAGCUGGCGUUCUUAUAUUCGCUACUAUUGUAGGUAACAUCGGCUCGAUGAUCUCCAACAUGAACCUGGCACGCGUGGACUUUCAGAAUCGCAUGGAUGGUGUCAAGCAGUACAUGGCAUUCAGAAAGGUCGGUAGAGAGCUUGAGGCUAGAGUCAUCAGGUGGUUCGCGUACACAUGGGCGGAAAGUGGGGCUCUUGAUGAAGAGAGGGUACUUUCAGCCCUACCGGAUAAGCUCAAAGCCGAAAUAGCGAUCAGGGUUCACCUAGAGACACUGCAAAAGGUCAGAAUUUUUCAAGACUGUGAACCAGGGCUUCUGGAGGCCUUGGUUCUUAAGUUGAAACUUCAGGUUUUUUCUCCAGGCGAUUACAUCUGCAGAAAAGGUGAUGUUGGAAAGGAAAUGUACAUCGUUAAACGAGGAAGAUUGCAGGUGGUUGCGGAUGAUGGACAUUCUGUUCUGGCUACGCUCAGUGCCGGAUCAGUGUUUGGGGAGGUCAGCGUUCUUGAUAUUGCAGGAAACAGGACCGGGAAUAGAAGAACAGCCAAUGUCAGAUCGUUGGGGUACUCGGAUCUGUUCUGUUUGGCGAAAGAUGAUCUUCUUGUGGCGCUUGCAGAUUACCCCGAUGCCAGGGCCACUUUAAUCGAACGAGGUUGCCAGUUACUGAGGAAAGACGGCCUUCUCGACGAGGAUGUUUUCAGGAAGGCGAAAGAGACUCAGGACUCCAUGGUAGAUAGUCUGAAGAAAUUGGAAACAACAGUGGAGAUGCUGCAAACGAGAUUAGCACGUCUUCUUGCGGAAUUCACGUCCAGUCAGGCCAAGCUGAAACAACGAAUUACCAGGGUCGAACUUAGGCCACAGUUUCAAGAGGAAGGAACACAAGGUACCUUGGAGGUGCCAAGUUUAGGAAGAAGAAGACUGAGGUCAUUCGAGAGCCAAAGGAAGCAUUCUACAGAAACGCAAAUCGGAAGAUACAAAACUAUGUGAAUUGUUGUAUUGUAGCUCCGAUCAAGAACUAUAUUCUGAAUGUCAGAAUCAAAAUUUGGUUGUUUAUGAAAAAUAUUGUGAGAUAAUGAUGUUCAAUAUCAAAUUUUAUUCGUUUGGAUGUUUGUUGAAGGAUUCAAGGACCAAGGAAUCGACUAAAUCUAGUGGAAUGAAAAUAACUGCUGAUGCGAGAUGUUUUUUCCAAAUAUUAUGUUGGAAUACUUAGAAAAUUAUUUUUAACUCUAAGUAUCAACUGAAUCAUUGUAAGAUGUAUCGAAAAGAGGUAUUUUUGUAAACAAGUAAUUUUAUAUAUGCAUACAUGAUAUUGUUAGUGAAGUGAAAAUAUUAUAUAAUUUCAUUAUAUUCAUAAUAAUAAAAUAUAUGAUAUUUGUAGAAAUUACUCGAUGCCUUAAUACAGAACCCUACCUGCUAAUCCCAAUUCAAGGUUCAUUUAUUAUGAGUGGUCCUGGAGUAGGUAUCUAUACAUACUGG